AUGAAAGGGCGAAUCCCAAAGCUGAACCCUCUCGAUGAUGCAGACGAUUCCAUCACCCGAAGGGUAGAUAGGAUCUGCACUUUUGUGACACCAGCUGAACAAUCACGAGCAGGGUACUUUGCCCUGUUCCAGGCUCUGUACCACGAGAUUCGAGUGGAGACUCUGCUAGGCCUUGCUCUCUUCAGGCUCCCAGCCGCGCGAGGGAUCUGUCGUGAACCCAAAUCCUCAUAUGCUAUCUACACCAUGUCAGAAGUGGACAAGCGGUUGCAGGUCUCGCUCCACACCCCUUCUGGGUCCUUUUCCGAGGCCGUGGCAGUCUCCCAAGGGGCCAUCAAUAAGAACCUCGAUAACCUUCUCAAGCUAUAUCCCGAUUUUGCGACAAUCAAUAUCUCCGCUCACGAUGGGACCAUGGAUGCCAAGCUGGAUUCCGGGAGAGUGGCCUUGCACAUCCUAGAUAACAAUCGAGGCAUGGUGGACUACUUCUGCACCUUCAAAUCGGGUACGGUUUCCGUAUGGGAUGACGAACUGGACAACUUCACGGACCCAAUUGACAUGACUGGCUGGGUAUUUGCCUUCGCCGUCAACAUGGGGAGCGCGGAUGUGGAUGAGAGCACCGAUGAAUAUCAAGACAUCGCAUCCGCCUUUGCCCAACCCGGCGAUUACUCUAUAUGGCGCCUGUAUAACUCUAAUCAGAUUGCCUCCUUCAAGUAG